AUGAACUCAAUAUAUAAGAUCAAUGCUAUUAAUCAAAAAGAGCUAGAGAACAAUGUCUCAGAUGAAGCUUCCUGGCACGCAGACUAUAGCGAUACCUCGUACAUAUAUAUAGGGAAUCUUCAUGAGGCUAUUGAGGAGAAGGAUUUGGUGACGAUCUUCUCGCAGUGGGGAAAUCCGACUCAUGUCAACUUGAUCAAGGACAGAGAAUCUGGAAAACUGCGUGGCUUUGCGUAUUUGAAGUAUGAGGACCAGCGCUCUUGUGUGCUUGCAGUUGAUAACUUCAACGGAGUGCUCAUAUAUGAGAAACCGUUGAAAGUAGACCAUACAUACUUUCAAUUGCGAGAAGGACAAGAAGAGGACGACUUUGCAGUGGAUUAUAGUGAGGUCAUGAAAGAGCAACCCAAGAUUGAGGCUCCAAAGAAGAGAAAGACAGAGAGGAAGGAGAUUGAGGCUGCGAAGGAUUUACCAUCGACGAGUUCUGUGUUUGUUGCCGAUGAUGACGAUUUCAACGACCCCAUGGCAGACAUGCUCAAACGGACGUUCGAGGAGAAAGAUGACAAGGAACAUAACUCAAAGCAUCGCAACAAGAAAAGAAAAAGUAGGUCAAGAGAAGACCAAAAGACUGAGGAUGCAAAGGGUGCUGCCUGA